ACAUGUUCUGAUUUUUGUUUGUUUAUUUGUUUGAAAUAAAUAGGAAGCAGACAAUCUAAAAGAUGAGUUACACGAUUAGGAAUGUCGAUAGGCUUAGCAGCCUGCCCGAAGAGGUUCAUUCACACAUACUGUCUUUAAUGCCUACAAAAUAUGCAGUACGAACUAGCAUUUUAUCUAGAACAUGGAGGUACAGAUGGAUGUUGGUGACAAAUCUUGACUUUGAUGAUAGUCACCCCUUCCACGAUUUAGAUUGUUUUAUGCAGUUUGUUGAUCGAGUAUUGGAGCUUCAGAAAUCACCUCAAAUUAAAUCAUUCCGGAUGUGUUUUUCUGAAAUGUGGGUUAAAAAGUCAAAAGUGUUAAAGUGGAUUGAUGCCGCAGUUAGGUUACAUGUUUCUGAGCUUGAUGUAAAAGCUAUGCUGCUUGAGUUGCCUUUGUGUCUAUUCACUUGCAGGACACUCACAAAACUAAGAAUAGAUCACGAUACCCAGUAUGAGGAAGUUUGGGAGUGUCCGUCCCUGGUUAAUCUUCCUUUUCUGAAAACUCUCGACAUUGUUGUUUUUAAAAAUCCUAUUGUCAAUGCAUUUAAACUCAUCCCUGGCUGCCCAAUGCUUGAAAGCUUAUCUUUGCAUGUACAAUGUUGCAACAAUGAAGACGAUUAUAUAUUCAAUAUCGCUACAUUGAAACGGUUGAAACUAACAUUUAAUAAAGCUCCGGUAGUUCACACCAGAGUUGUUUUACACGUCCCUAAUCUUGAAUACCUAUCAAUUGGCGGGGGCUCGAUUUUUGUCAUGGAAGAUAUGCCAUCAUUAGUUGAGGCAUCAGUUGGUUUUGGUGAUACAAAAGUUGAUAGGUGGGUUGAGUUUCUAAAGAGAAUAACUGGAAUUAAAUCACUGUCAAUUCGAUAUGCCCCAUUCACUUCGCCUCUGCCUGUCUUUCCGAAACUCAGCCACUUGGAACUGCCGAGUUUUUGCCUUACAUUUCUUGAAAGUUCUCCUGAGUUGAAACAUUUAUGUUUUGGAAUGUCUACAAAUUCUCACUGGGGUGACCCGAAGUCAGUUCCUGAAUGUAUGGUAACAACCCUUACAACCAUCAAGGUUUUAAAUUGCAAUGGGCAAAAGUGCGAUAUACAGCUUUUGGAAUACUUGCUGGGGAAUGCAGAGGUUUUGAAGAGGUUAACAAUCACGUGGGGAUGGGGACACACGUGCUCAAAAACAGAAGAACAAAUGCAGUUGGCGGCACAGUUGCUUAAGGUUCCAAGGGCUUCGCAACAUUGUGAAAUCCAUUUUCUUGGAAAUUGAUCUCCCAGUUAAUAGAUUUUGCAAAACGAACCAUAUUCAAUGGCCUGUGUGGAGUCUUCUCAGUUGAGACUAUAAACCAUUUCGAUUGAUGAAGUCGAAGAUUAUGUCUAAGUAGUUUUAUCCCACUUUGUGUUUUCGUUGUUUGGUUGUUUUGCUUGGUGAAUGCGAAAUAUAAACUUUAUUAGUGGUGAGUAUUUAUUGUGGUGUUUGGACACAUGAAAAUGUGACAAGAAAUAUAAAUUAACUCUUUGUUUUGUAGGAA